AGCUUUGUUUACGUUUUUUGUUCCUGAUAAAACAAUUCGACACUCUCCGACAAUUUUUUGACAAAAACUCACGAAACUCUUCAAUUAAAAGAACAAAUUUACCAAAACUGACUAUUUAAGCGUAGCUGUAAGAUAUUUUUCUGUCAAAAGUGCCGUCAAUAUAAUUAAGGUCGAUAAAUUAAGGGGAUUUUCAUUGUCAACAAAGAAAGUAAUUCAUUACAGUGCAUCCAGCAGUCAUAAAGUCGCAUCAUCACGACGAAUCUGACGAAGAUUUGCCACGAGAAGCAAUGGAAACUGAAGUGCCAUCAAACACGGAAGAGCUUGGGGUCGAAGUAACAUCUAACGAAAGCAAUAACGUCGAAGAAACGACAAUUUUUCGGCGUACGGAUCGUCGUCCCGUGAAAAAAGAUGCCUUCAAUACGAUUUUUGAAGUUUUAUCUGCACGAAUUUUGCCACAAGCGGAAGGCAGCAAAAAAUUCGUGUUGUACAUGAUUCACGUACGAAUGGAAUGCACAGAGCCCGAAUCGAAAGACACGGCAACCAUUGAGCGUCGUUACACGGAUUUACUGAAUUUGUAUGAAAACCUGAAGAAAGAUCACGCCGCACUUUUAAACGACGUGACAUUCCCCAAGAAAAAGUUAAUUGGAAAUUUCUCACCUGAUCUCAUCGCGGAGCGUGGAAAAGCGUUUGAAACAUUCCUCGAUUAUAUCGUUACAGUGUCAGCGCUUCGUGAUUCCCCGUAUUUCUUGGAAUUCAUUCAAGGAGACGAACUUAAACGAGCUUGUGCGUUGCUCGAUGAACGUCGAAAUGAACAAGCUGUGACAAUUCUCGAGAAUUGCUUCCGUAUUUUGAACAAAAUUUAUCUUGACAAAUCCAAACAGGUGCUUUUACUGUUGUGUCGUCUCGUUGCGGCAUGCACAUCAUCGCCAAUUGUCUUGGCUUCGGCAGAACAAUGGGCAACUUUGGCAUUGCGACGCUUCGAACAUGUAUCGGAUGUUGAAACGCUCGUUUUGUAUAUCCCCCUGUUACAAACGUGCGUUGCUUUGUACAAUCAAAUGGGCAAAGAUAGUGCCGUUUUGGAAGAAAGACUUGCUGAAAUGGGCAAAAGAGGUAUUAAAAUUAAGGGAACUUUGACGUUACAACAAACUAUUCAUGCGAUGGACCCACGAAGCGAAACUGCCUAACAAAUUUUCAUCGCUGUUACAUGAAUUUUUCGUUAUACAAACAAAAAUAAAACAUGACAAAGAUGCUUCUAACUAAUAAUAUUAAGUUUUACCCAAUAAAGUCUUUAUUAUCUUAUUAUAAAUAU